UUUACCCAAUGAAAAUUUUGGGCAACUUGGUCAAUGAAGCCGUGCUCUCAGUCAAGGUAGUCACUUUGGAAUCUUAACUUGCCAAACGGAUGUCGCCCAUUUGAUGUUCCUGACGAGGAAAAAUUUUGAUGUUUUGAGUUAUUGAUGUUUAAUCCUUUUGUACUGCAAAAUGAGUCUUCGACGUUGCGGACGUGGUGGAAAGACAAGCACGCCUACCGGGCGUCAAAACCUCAGUGACUCUACGACGGAUGAGGAAUCCACAGAAUUCGACAACAAAAUCAAAUCACGCAAUAUGGCUACAUAUCAAAAUCAUCCACGUGGCGGAAAAUGGCAAACUGAAAAGACUUCACGAGAACCAACGGUAAAUGUGGAAAGCUUGAGUCCAGAUGAACGAAAGUCAUAUGAAGAAUGGAUGGAAAUGAUAAGGAUGACCAACGAAGAAAUUGAAACAACAGCGAAAGUGCUCCAGGAUUGCUCGCAACUCAAAACUCAACUUAUGGAAACUCAAGAUGCAGGCCAAAUAUUAGAACAGAAAAGCGAAAUGACAACCGAUACAGAAAAUACAGCUAAAAAUAAUGCAGAGCCCCCUACGAAAAAGCGAAAAAGGAAGAAGAAAAAGCAAAACAAAGCCAAAAAUAUUGAGGAUACGCAAAUCAUGAUUACAGAAAGUACCUCUUCUUCACCAAUAGAUGCCGCCACCUCCUUGCCACUACCAGAUGCAACAGUCAACUCCUACAUAGCUCCACCCAUAGAGGAUGCGAUUGAAGACGGAGCUCUGCCCACAUCUUCAGAAACCGUUCAAACAGUCACGCACAUAAAAGUUCUGGCACGUGGACUUCCAGAGGGUUUCCCUACAGAUAAUAUUUACCUUGAUUUGGACAAGAAAGGCAUUAAAUCACAGAAAGUUAUCCAGUUCAAGAGAAAAGUGGGCGAGGCCCAUCGGCUCCUCCCACUUUUUCUCAUAAUACUCAUAGAAUCCGAAAAUAACCGACAAAUCUACUCAAUCACCAGCAUAUGCGAUGUCCCGGUGAAAAUAGAAAGGUUCCGUAAAGGGAACAGUCCAACUCAAUGUUUCAAAUGCCAAAACUUUGGUCACACUCAAAGAAAUUGCUGUUCUCCUCACAGAUGUGUUAAAUGUGCCGCGGGUCACCGAUCCUAUUUGCGCCAUAAGGACAUCAACAUACCUCCAAAAUGCUGUAACUGUGGGGAAGCACACACUGCUAACUACACGGGAUGCAGCUUCCGUCCCCGGGGCCAUCGUGUCACUCCAGCUAUAGUUCCCACUUCAAAAGCAGGCAAAGCUCAUAGACUGGUCUCAAUUUUAAAAGAACUACAAGAACUAUUAAAAGACAGAGAAGUUUUCCAACUACUGCAAACAAUCAUGUCCACUUCUGAACAAUGUCUCCCUCUGACUUGUUUUCACUCAACAUAGAACUCUAUUCUACUGAACUUAUGAACUGGUAAAUUCAACACUAAAUUUAAUACUGCUUAUUGCCACGUUAGAUAAGGAGACUAACUAGAUAAGGAAACCACUAAGAAAAUGCAAAACUUAUGCUAAAACUUCAUGAUUUUGUUUCAUUUCACAUUUGUCUUACAAAUCACGUAAUUCUAACUCAAUUCAAUGCUAAAAUGUCAAUUGUAUUUGUAUAUAUCUUGAUUCUAUUCAUAUCUAUAUCAUGACUUAUGACUGCAUCAAAUUUAAACUCCAUUCAAUGCUAAAAUUUCAAUUGUACUUGUUAAUAUUUUAAAUUAAUUCACUUUUAAAACACAACUUAUGAUUGCAUCAAAUUUAAUCCCAUUCAAUACUUCAAUAUCAAUUUUGCUUUUUAUAUUCAUGAAAAUUUCUGAUUAUUUUAUAAAUCAUGACUAAUUUUAAAUAUCAAUUCAUGUUUAAUUUAUCAAGCAAAUUUGCUUGAUCUUCUGUUCUGCUACCUUAAUGCUGCAUAAUUCAAAAUGUUUUUAAUUCAACUUGUAAAUACUUCAUGAUGGAUGGGUUAGGGGCCGCUGCGCGGCCCAGGCACCCAAUUUUGGAUUAAUAAAGUAAAGUAAAGUAACAAUCUCUGAAAUGUUUUCUGUAGAGAAAUACUCAAGGUAAAAAGUCAAUUGUUUGGAUUCAAGACUCCUCAAUAUUCCAAUCCACCAAAAUUCCAAUCCACCGGCGACUUCCACCAAUAUUUAAUUUCAGAUUUUUUAACUAUGAAGUGUCUAUAGAGUGUCAACUUCCACUCUCAAUAAAAGAAAAUGUGAAAA